AAGUAGAGAAGAAGUUAGGCUUGGGAAAAUAAGGAAAGAUUAUCGUAUAAUUACAUAAAAUAUCCAAUCCAAACAUCCUACCAUAUACUUAGCCUAAACGAAUCUAUACUUAUUAUAGUCCAGAUACAAGAUCUCAUUAUUAUUGCUUCAUAUAUUCACAACAACCAUCUUAACUCUAUGCCGUGACCCCAAAAAAAAAAGAAAAAGAGAAUUCAUUAGCAGCCAUUGUUGUAUGAAAGAAAGCCAUGGAAAAUUUUGGUCUGCACAUGCUUGUUGGUCGAUGGUUUAUGGUUUUUGCUUCACUUUUGAUCUUGUCUGUCGCAGGUGGCACUUACAUAUUUGGUCUCUACUCUGAAGAAGUCAAGAAAUCAUUAGGUUAUGACCAAACAACCUUAAACUUACUUAGUUUUUUCAAAGAUUUAGGUGCAAACGUUGGAAUUAUUUCUGGUUUAAUCAAUGAAGUCACCCCACCAUGGGUUGUUCUUCUUCUUGGUGCAUUUAUGAACUUUUCUGGGUAUUUUUCUAUAUGGCUUGCUGUUACAGGGAGAUUACCUAAACCCAAAGUUUGGCAAAUGUGUUUUUGUAUUUUCAUUGGGGCAAAUUCACAGACUUUUGCAAAUACUGGGGUUAUAGUGACUUGUGUUAAGAAUUUCCCAGAAAGCAGGGGAAUUGUUCUUGGACUUUUAAAGGGUUUUGUUGGUUUAAGUGGUGCUAUACUUACACAAUUAUAUCAUGCCUUUUAUGGAAAUAAUGCGAAAUCCUUAAUCUUGCUUAUUGGUUGGUUACCUGCUGUUGUUUCUUGUGUUUUUCUUAGAGUUAUUAGGACUAUGAAGGUUACUAAGCAAGAAAAUGAACUCAAGAUUUUUUACCAACUACUCUUUAUGUCACUUGGUCUAGCUGGUUUUCUCAUGGCUAUAAUUAUAGUGCAAAAUAGAGUUGAGUUUAAUAGCGUUGGUUAUUGGUCAACUGCUGCUACCAUUCUUGUUUUGCUAUUUGCUCCUAUAAUUCUUGUCAUCAGAGAAGAAUUAAAACUAUUUGACACGAAGAAACAAAGUUUAAGUCAUCCUAUAGAAGUCAGAGUUAGUGAAAUUGAAAGACCACUUCAAUCUUCAGCAACUGUUGUUCCAACUAAUGAUCAGAAAGAUCAUGUUUCCUUCUUUCAAAAUGUGUUUAAACCACCAGAGAGAGGGGAGGAUUAUACAAUAUUGCAAGCAGUUCUCAGCAUAGAUAUGUUGAUUUUGUUUAUUGCUACGAUUUUCGGAGCAGGGGGACUUUUAACAGCUAUGGAUAAUUUAGGUCAAAUUGGUAAAGCCUUAGGUUAUCCAACAUCAAGUAUUACUACAUUUGUGUCACUUGUGAGUAUAUGGGGUUAUCUCGGGCGAGUAGGUUCUGGAUUCGCCUCUGAGAUUUUCUUGGAAAAAUACAAGUUCCCGCGCCCGUUGAUGCUCACAUUGGUGCUUCUUUUCUCUUGUGUGGGCCAUGUUUUGAUCGCGUUUGGUGUGCCUGAUACUUUAUAUAUUGCAUCUGUGCUAAUGGGGUUCUGUUUUGGUGCUCUAUGGCCGUUGAUAUUCGCGAUCAUAUCUGAGAUAUUUGGGCUUAAGCAUUAUUCGACGUUGCUCAACUUUGGUGGUGCUGCAAGCCCUAUCGGGGCCUACAUAUUCAAUGUUAAGGUGGCUGGUAAUUUGUAUGAUAGAGAAGCAAUGAAGCAAAUGGAAGCUCAUGGGAUUAUUAGGAAGCAUGGUCAAGACUUGACUUGUACUGGAGUUGAGUGUUACAAAAUGGCUUUCUUGAUUAUUGCAGCAUCUACUUUUGUGGGGUUUGUUGUUUCUUUGGUUUUGGUGCUUAGAACAUUCAAGUUUUAUAAAGGGGAUAUUUAUAAGAAGUUCAGAGAAUAAGUUAAAGCAGUGGAUGCUGAGUCUCAGUCAAGAGCAAAUGGUGAUGCUUAAUUAGAGAAUGCAUAGCUACAAUUUGCCAAUGCAUUUUGAGUGUUAUUCAUUCUUCAAUGUAAUUAUAGUUUUGGCAUCUUGUGCUUAAGGCUGAUAUCAGUAUGCACAAGGGGUUGAAAGUGAAUACAGGGUUCACAAGUUGUAUUUUAUGUAAUGGGAGAUGUGCUUAAGUUGUGUAGAAACCAAGUUUAGAAAGUUGAUUAUAAAGAUUUACAAGCAGAGCAUAUUUCAGUUA